CAGUUGACACAAGAGGCAGGGUACACCUUGAACAGGUUGCCAGUAUAUUACUGGGCUAUAAACAGCAAAGUUGCCAAUUAACCUGACCUGCAUGUAUUUUUACAUGGAGGAAGUAUCAGUACCCAGAGGAAACCCACAUAGGCACAGGGAAAACAUGAAAACUCCAUUCAGAAAGGCCCCUGCUGGCCCCAGGUUCAAGCCCAGAACUUUCUUGCUGUGAGGUGACAGUGUUAACCUCUGCACCACCAUGUCAUCCAGAACAAAAAAUAGAAGUACUUUAGUUAAGUACAGGUACCCACAAAUUUCCACUUAAGCACAGAACUUGAGUAAAUGCGCUUAGUUACAUCCCAACACAGUUAUCUGCAGAGAGAACUGUCCAAACAUCAAUUUCAAGCUGCUGGAUGAAUCACAAAUGACACAAACUUUGUUGAUGGUGCAUUGGUAAAGUUAGAAUAUGUAACAGACAUAUAAUGGUGUAUGAGAAGGUGAAAGAGAAAGACACAGAGAGAGACUAUGAUAAGGAGAGGGGGAAGGCAAGACACAGAAUUGCUUAAUUAGAGUCACUGCUUCUGUAUUAUAGACAAACCCUUGUUUUUGUAGUUCGACCAAGUUUUCCUCCCACUGACUGUCCGUUCAUCGUACCAACUGGCCAGAGCUUAGAGAAAUUUCCAUAUUGAGCCUCCUCCAUAUCAACACAAUGACCCUUCUCAAUUACCCUGUUCCUGAGUUGGAUGUUACCUUGCAAGAAGUGGGCCGUGUCUUGCAGCUCACUCUAAGUCCUGACCUGUACCCUGAGUUCAAAAGGUGCAGUGGAACAGCAGAAGGAGCUCCUUCAAGAGGCCCAGCAGAAAUUAGCAGCUAGAGCUGCAGACCAGGAGAAUUGGGUGACAGAGCAGUUCAAGAGAGCGCUGCUGUCUUGUGUUGACCCUCUGCCCACCUCCACAGCUCUCCCUGUUGUUCUUCUUCCAUCGAAAGCAAAGAGAUGCACCCAGCUUGGGAGGGCAGCUGCUCUACUCUGGGCAGCAGCAAAGCUGUACAGUGAGCCCUUGUUACUGGAGGGUGAUGUGCCAAUGGAGCGCACACAGCAGUCUGAGGUAUUUGCUGCUAGCAGGAUUCCUGGCAGGACUCAAGAUCAAAUUAAGGUCUACCCAGAUAGCCUCCAUGCUAUCGUCACCUGUGCUGGAGGAGUGUUCCCUGUUGACAUACUGUGGUGCCCAAGCAGUGGUGGGCCAGUUUCUGCGCGACCAUUCAUUGACAUCUACAACCAGCUGGCUCAGGUGAUGGAUCAACCCAGAGCAGGAAAACAGAGUGAUCCCACUACCAUUUGCAGCCUCUCAGCUCUGCAGCGUAAAACCUGGGCUGACAUCAGGGAAGAGAUCCUGGGGCAAGGAGGGGAAGCAGCAGCAUCCCUGGGGCUGAUGGAGAGUGCUGUGCUAACUCUCUGUCUGGAAGACUGGAAUGCACCUCCUGAACUGGCUGAUAUCCUCAAUGCAGUGAGGCUGGGAGGAGGAGACGGCCCAUGUCUGAGAUACUAUGAUAAGGUAGUGAACCUGGUGGUGUUCAAGGACAGCACAGCUGGGAUGGUUUUUGAACAUAGUGCCGUGGAUGGGAUGGUGGCUGGGCUUGUGACUGAGCGUGUGUACAAUCUGUCUGAGACUGCUGACUUAAACCUGAUUCAUACUGAACCAGAAAAUGUGAAUGGGUCUGUCAUAGUAAACAAUGUUAAUUCUGUUUGCCCAACCUCCCUAACAUUCCCCUUGCAAGGAGUAAACACCCCCAAACCAAGCCCUGAUUUAAAAGCAACACACCCAGUUCUCACUUUUGAUGUGCCCUCCUAUCCUGAUGUAUUUUCUACUCUGAGAGGGCAGAGAGGCCUGUAUGAUGCCUGGAUCAACUUCUCUUUGCAGCUUUCCCUGAGGCAGACUCUUGGGGAAUCUGCUGCCAGUCACAUUCUUGUUACACCAACACAUAUGCGGCACUACAAACAUGGCCGAUGUGAUCCUACAUACUCACUCACAAUGCAUUCUCGCAAGUUAAUAGGUGCCUUGGCAUCCUGCAUUAGCCCAGACAAAACAAUCCAUUACACUACUGAACUCCUACGCUUGUUCCAUGUUGCAUUUCUGGAGCAUAAGAGCCUCAUUAAAAACACUAAAAGUGGUCAAGGUGUUGGUCCUCACCUAGCUGCCCUGCGGCGAUCUUUGCCAUCUGACAAUCCACUGAAGAAGUUUCUGGACCCCUUUGGGUGUCCAUCUGUGUAUCUAACUGGUACAGACUUGAUGGAGGGUGUAGAGUGUGGAGUAGGGAAUGUUUAUGCUCAAGAUCAGCUGGCUGUAACCUACCUUGGAAAAAGAGACAAGGUUCGCAUUGUGCUUAAUGGGAAAGGGAGCUUUGCUCUGACACUGGAGAAGCUUAAAGAAAACCUGAAGAUAAACCUGAAGCUAGUGAUGCUUCUUGCUGUUAGAUAUGCCAUUGCAAACCAGAUGGGAGCCCUGGAGUGUCUACUUCAACAGGGUCAAACCGAGAAAAUGAUUGGAGAUAUUUAUAACUGUCUAGAAAGUCCAAAAAAUGGCACAGGCACUGUUGAUUCCACCUUGGGCAUGAGUCCAGACUAUACUCUGGUAAUCCAUGGUGGAGCUGGGGAAGAGAUGAUGUUGAACACCCAAGUGAUUGGGGUUAUUGAGUUUGCUCUACAGACAGCCUUAACUGUUGGAUCCCAAGUGCUUCAACAAGGAGGCAGAAGUCUGGAUGCAGUUCAGAGGUCAGUGGAAGCUCUGGAGGACUGCUUCCUGUUUAAUGCUGGCAAAGGCGCGGUAUUGAACAAAGAUGGCAAAAAUGAAUUGGAAGCAACCAUUGUGGAUGGCAGUGCAAUGAGGUCAGGGUCUGUUGCUUGUGUUCAAAGUGUGAAGAACCCAAUACAAGCAGCCAGAUGUGUCAUGGAGAAAAGCUCACAUUCACUCAUUGUGGGAGAUGGGGCUGAGGAGUUCCUGCAGGGGCUGGAGGAGAAGCCGAAGCCUGUUGGUCGUGAGUAUUUCUACACAGACAUACGUCACAGAGAGUUAACUGCAAAGCUCAGCGGUGGAAAUAUCUCAAAAAAUAACCAUCCUCAGACAGUUGGAGCUGUGGCCUUGGAUCGCAGGCAUGAACUGGCAGCUGCAACCUCCACAGGUGGGUUAGUAGGAAAGUUGAAAGGGCGAGUUGGGGAUACAGCAAUUGUAGGGGCAGGAAUAUAUGCUGACAACAAGUUAGCUAUCACUUGCUCUGGAGAUGGAGAUGUAUUUCUGAGGCACACAGUUUCCCAGAAGAUAGCCAGUCUCUACCAUCACAAAGGCUAUAGUCUUAGGCAGGCAUGUAGAGAAGUGAUGGCUGAAAAUCUGAAGGGGGUCUGUGCAGGUAUCAUUGCUGUGGAUGUUAAAGGUGAUGCCAUCAUUGAAACAAAUGCUGGUGUGAUGUUUGUGGCCUCAAUGAUAGGUGGUAUUUCACGAGUAGAGGUCCUCAGGCCACUGAGAAGCUUCUCUGAUGUGAUCUGGGAAACAAAUGAGCUGGUUGCCUAUCUGAAUCCCAACCCCUGGACUCCUGGAUCAACCAUUCUGACCAGAAAAACUCUUAGUGGGGCAAACAGCAUCUUCCACUUAGCCACACCUGAUUUUGUGGCUAUGCUACAAGGAGCAAGGGCUGUGUCAAGCUUAUUAUGUGAGCGAUUGGCAGUGCAGCGCUGCGCCUUGGUUUUCUAUCCAACUCCUGAUCAUCCUGCACAAAUCAGACUGCUCCCACUUCAUGGCUUAGAACCAAAGUGGCAGCCUCAUCUUGGUGGUGAAGAGGAAUUCCAUGCUUGCGAUCCUGGCUACUGCACUUCAAAAAGUGGCCCACACUGGAAUGACGAAGCACUGGCCCAGGUUCAAGCCAAGAUUAGAAGUGGAUUGCCAACACCAAAUGCACCCUCUUGCUUUGACUUUUUUGGGGACCCUUGUAAUGAUAACCUGUUCAGUCGCAUUGUACGUGGAGAGCAGCAACAGUGGAGAGUGUGGGAAGACAGUGAACAUGUUGCUUUCCUCACACCAUACCCAAACACUCCAGGACUUACUGUUGUGGUGCCACGCAAACCACUGUCCAGUGACAUCUUCAAACUUAAUGAAGAUGACUACAAAGCACUGAUCUUAGCCACUCAUAAAGUUGCCAGACUACUGGAAGAGGGUAUGAGAGCUCGAAGUAUUGCACUGAUCUUUGAGGGCUUUGAGAUUGACUAUGCUCAUGUCAAGCUGAUCCCUCUGAUACCCUCAUCAGAUGGCACCAAGUCUGCUGAGCUGCAACCAGAAUUCUUUGAAAGCUAUCCUGGAUAUGUGUCAUCACUGGAUGGCCCAGCUGCCAACCCUGAAGCCCUCAAAAUGAUCCACUUAAAGAUCACCAAGUGCAGGCCUCCUCAUUCAUGGGAAGACCCUCACUCCCACUCCACACUUGCCAUCAAGAGCCAGUGGUAUCGCAACCUGUUCCAGAUUCAAAACACUCUUUUCCACAGUACAGUGGAAUAUUUCCACACUUCCUGCCAGUACUCCUAUGCUCUGACCCCUCUCACCACAGACACCAUUUCCUCACCAAUGGGCCUGGGAUCUGACUCAGAACCAGUCUCUGUUAACCUGCUGGGUCAGGACAUCUACCUGGCCGACUCAAUGCAGUUUGUACUUGAAUACUUCCUUCGCUUCCAGGAGAAUCUGCCAGGGACCUACUACAUAUCUCCCAGCUUUAGAGGGGAAGAUCCUGAUGCCACACACUUGAACCAGUUCUACCACGUGGAGUGUGAACUGUUGGGAGACAUGGACAAUGCCAUGGCCACAGCAGAGAGAUACCUGGCCCAUCUGACCAAGUCCAUGUUGAAGAAACACUCGGAUAUAAUUCUCAACACUGCUGGGACUCUUAAACAUGUCACAGACAUGGUGAGUAAGCUGGAUGGAAGGACCGCAUUACCAAGAGUCCCUCUUGACCAGGCCAUUCCCAUGAUGCCCUCUGCUGAGUGCGUAGAGUGGGUCCAAGAGGGUCAGCCCCAGUUUGGCAGAAAACUGACACGCAAAGGAGAGCGGUUCUUGAUAGAGAAAUAUGGUGGCGCUGUUUGGCUGACUGAGAUGGACCAUCUGGGAGUUCCCUUCUACCAGGCAUAUGUGGAGGGCACUGGGCGAUGCAAGGCCAAAGCUGCUGACCUUCUGCUGGGGCUGGGUGAGACUGUGGGUCUUGGUGAACGUCAUUCCACCCCUGAGAUGGUACAGGAGGCCCUCAGGCACCAUGCAGUGCCCGAGCAGUCCUACAAAUGGUACAUUAACAUGCGCCAAGUGAAGCCACUUCUUACCAGUGGCUGGGGAAUGGGGACGGAGCGUUACUUGUGUUGGCUGCUUCAGCAUGAUGACAUAAGAGAUAUACAUAUCAUACCAAGGAUGAAAGGAAUGAAAUACAUGCCCUGAUCAUCAGUCCUCCUUGGAUUUUCAGGCCAUUAGAUGUAAUAUACUUUUAAUAAUGGGGCCAAAUAGGAGUAUAGAAUAAGGUAUUUUACCAUAAAAAUGACUCAGUAAUUAAGAGUUUUCAUCCAGCCCUAGGUUUGUUAAAAUCUUUCCUGCUGUGUCCAAGGCCUGAUGAAACUUCCUACAGCCCUUAGUCCCACCUGACCCUUGUAUCCCACAAAGUAAAAUGUUUCUAAAAAUGACAUUUUCCAGAAACCGGAGAGAAGAGAAAAGUAUAUUAAUGUAAAGAAAGUUAGAAUUAAGGUUACAGGAAGCAAUUCAUUUCUUAUUCUUUAAAUGUUAUCAUGUUACACUAAAGGUUGGUUUCCUUUCUUUGUGGUAAAGCAACAGUAUCAAGGUAACUGCAAAGUGAAAAUACAUGAAGAGUGUGAAUACAUCUUAAAUUGUUUCAGUAUCUUCAUUCUUUAUCCUUGUGAGGACAACAGACAUUUGUUAAAGUCCUAAUACUUUCCACAAAAAUGUUGAAUGAUCAAUUUUACAAGCAAAUUCUUCAUAUUGUUCUUCAAUGUGAUGUUUUGUUUUAUUUUUAUUACAUUGUCUUUGUAUGUAAAGGAUUUUUGUCAUAUGAAUCAUGCACCAGUGUUUUUCAUGAAGUGAUUACUGAUUUGUAAUUCCUAAAACAAAUAACAAACCAAAUAAAUACCUGUCACUGA